AUGGCGUCCUCCGAGCGCCGAAGCAUGAAGGGCAUGGCAAACACCAAAACAUUGAUUGGGCCAUACUCCGUCGGGGGCACCAUCGGCAAGGGUGGCUUUGGUUGCGUGUACAAGGCCAUGGACCAGCAGAGGGCCUUGUUUGUGGCCAUUAAGCAGGUGAGCUUGGGAGGCUUGCACAGCGGAGACAUCAGCCAAAUAGAGGUAGAGAUUAAUUUGCUGUCCAAGCUGAAGCACAAGAACAUCGUGAAGUACAUUGACUCCAUCCGGACUGAGACUCACUUGAACAUUGUCCUCGAGUUUGUGGAGGGUGGAUCCAUCGCAGCCAUCAUAAAGAAGUUCGGAGCUUUCCCAGAGUCUCUGUGCGCGAUCUACACGCUGCAGAUUCUGAAAGGGUUGAAGUUCUUGCACUCCCAAGGCGUUAUUCACCGAGACAUAAAAGGUGCGAAUGUCCUCACCACGAAGACUGGGACCAUCAAGUUGGCCGACUUCGGGGUGGCAACGAAGCUAAGCGAGAUCGACAGCUCAAAGCGGCGCGUUGUCGGCACACCGUACUGGAUGGCGCCGGAGACGGUUGAGAUGAGCCCACCCACACCUGCUAGCGACAUCUGGAGCGUGGGGUCGACAGUGGUGGAGAUGAUCACGGAGAAGCCCCCAUAUGCAGAUUUGCCGCAAAUGUCGGCUCUGUACCGCAUUGUGUCCGACAAUCACCCGCCCCUGCCAGAGGGCUUUUCUGAAGCUCUCGACGCAUUCCUGUUGCGGUGCUACGAGAAGAAUCCGUUGCACCGUGCUGGAGCUGCAACCCUCCUCGAGGACCACUGGAUUCAAGCAAACAAGAAACAUACGCUGGAGUUCACGCGCCAAAUGCUUACCCCGAAGGUGACACAGAAGGAGUCGCCACAGAGGAGGGUGGAGGAUGAGGAGGAGGACAGCGGUGAGUCUGGAGCUGAGGAGAUGGAAGCAUUCACCACCUUGAUCCGGGACACGCUAGUGACGCAGCAGCGUCCCGGCAUGGAGGCUUUGGGACUGCCCAGCCUGCAUGACUCGCAUGAGCUCGAGGUGCGAAGCCUGGACAAGGCUUCCAGCGAGAAGUCAAGUUCGCGAUCCUCCAAGCAGGGCACGGUGAAGUACCCAAUUGAGGAGGGAGCGGAUGCAGGGACCAACCUCGACGAGUAUCCUUCCAGGAAGCUUUUAGAGUCCGUCUCGGAGGGGAGCAUACCUGAAGCCUCCAAAGGUGAGGCGCAGGAGGUCAACUCCGAGGAGCUGCGAGGGUAUCAUUUUGCCUUCCUGGAUUACUACAAGGAGUACUGCGAAGCCAAGCCCUCCGUCCAGGCGGAGGCCGGAUCCGGAUCCAGGCAGACCGACUCCUUGCGAAGGCGGCCGAACCGACCUCCCAGCGGGCAGCUGCGGGCCAAGGACGUGAUCCAAGACGACUCCAAGGAGAACCGGGAACGACAGCGGGCGGCUGCAGAGAUCAAGAGCCUCCUUUCCAGCAUUCGGCCUUUCGAGGAGUCGGGAGUGCUUGUUCGGGUGUGCAAGCGGCUCACAGAACUCUUGCAGCAGGGCAUGCAACAGGGCAGCAGCAGCAAAGACAGCAUCCAGCAGUUGAUCAUCGAGCAUGGGGUGGUUCCCAUCGUGGAAAUGCUUCAAGUCACAGACCCGAUGCUGCUCCGGCAGGUCUUGAAAGUGGUGAACCAGAUUGUUGCAGAAUGGAAUCAUGACUUCCAGGAGCUCUUCAGCAUGGUCGGCUUGAUCCCAGGGGUUAUCAAGUUUGCUGGAUCCGAGUUUGCCCGCGACUUGCGGGUAGAGGCCGGCACCUUCAUUUCCCGGCUCUGCAACUCGGGCUCCAGUAGCCUCCAGAUGCUCAUCGCCUGCGGUGGACUGGAGGCCAUUGUCGAUCUCAUCUCCUACGACUACUACCAGAAUCGGGACUUGGUCUGGAACGCACUGGAUGCAGUGAAUACGGUCAAGAACAAGAAGAGCAGCCACAGCCGAGAUCUCUGCCGGAUCCUUGCGAAGCGUGGCCUUUGUGGGCACCUUGUCCUUUUGAUCGACAACCUGGCCACAGACAUCCAGGAAAAGGCCGCUCACUACCUUCAAGAGGUUAUCAGAAUCCUUGGCUUUUUCGCCAAGACCGGGGAUUCUGUGGUCAAGGCCUACAUGGCCAAAGCGCCAGUGCUGGAGGGGCUUAUUGCUUCGCUUGAGUACUUGCCGCCUCCUCUCGCGGCCGAAGUCUGUAGGAUCUUCAAGCACCUUUCUCAAGAGCCGUCCGUCCUCAACAUGAUGGAGAAUGUUGGGCUCGUCCCCGUUCUGGUCUACCACAUGAAGUUGCACAGUAUCUUCGAGAAGGGGACUUGGGACGGCACGGAAAAGGACCUCGAGAACGAGAAAGCCCAAGAUGCGUGUAGCCAGUGCUUGCUAGCACUCUCGAACCUUUGCAAACUCUCUCGCCCAAGGCAAGAGCAGGCCGCCUUAGCGGGUGCCAUUCCAAAGCUGCAAGCUUUGGUCGAAAGAGGUCAUCCUUUGCAGGAGUAUGCUUUUGUGAUGAUCUGUGACAUGGCUUGUGCUUCUCUGGCCACACGGAAGUCCUUGUGGACGGAGGACGGUGGGCCUUUCCUCGUUCGAAGCCUCGCCGUGCCUGAGACGCAAGUCCCGGCACUUGAGGCAUUAGUUGGUUGGUUUGGAGUGAAGGAGCACAAGGCAAACUGGUGCGAGCGCCUGGAGGGCAAGCUGCUAAAGGGCCCCGACUUCCUCAUGCGCCUGUUUGCACUGUUCCGGAGUGAGGACAAGGAUGUGUUCCUGAAGAUCCUGGACCCCUUGGUGAAGUUGGUGAGAAUCUCCUCAGAGACCAACGCUGCGCUCGCGAAUAGCGACCAGUUUCUGGCGGAGCUUCUCCGGAGGUUGGAGGGCGAAGGCAGCGACAGUCCCGAUGCGAGCAGAGCGGCCAGCAGCGCGCGGUUCAACUCUGACGACUUCUUCGGCAACCCUGGACUGGGAAGAGCUGCUUUGGAGGAGUCGAGCCUCAAUGGUGUACGCCGACUUGUCUCCGCACAGCCCGGUGCUCUCGCUGACAAUUCUGUGCGAGCACGGCAAACUCUCCUGCGGCUGCUCUUACAGCUCUGCCAGCCGUUGAGCAAGCCGCAACUGGCCGCGCUGGUGCAGCGCUUCCGCCUCAAAUCCCACUUGCAGCGCGUUCUGGCAGAGGAGCGGCGCAAACAGCGUGUGAUUCUCAGCGCCAUCGCGUCGCAACUCCUGGCAAUGUUCAUGGAAGCCGCCCCAGCAGAUCUAGACAUCAACCCGAACGUAGUGUUUGAACGGAUGCCAAUCCAGGGACCCGAAGCUGCACCGACGGAGGAGAAAGCUGCAGAGGGCCCUGGCGACGUUCACCUUGACAUCGGGGAAUCAAUGCCGAUGCCUGCGCAAGACCGGGAGCUGUAUGAUUUGCUGAAGGUGGAGCCCGACGCAACCGAAGAUGUUCUCAGGGGUGCCUACAAACGCCGGGCGCUGGAAUUGCAUCCAGACAAGGGCGGCAACGAGGAGGACUUCAAAGCGAUGAAAGGCGCCUACGAUGUUCUCACCGACCCUGAGAAGAGGACAGUCUACGAUCAGCAUGGGAAGGAAGGCCUGCGGCAGCUGGAGAUGGCCAGGCAGAUGGAGGCAAACGGGUUUUUCUCGCCCAUCCAGUGGCUCCUGAGCCUGUCGUCAGGCAAACGACAAGUUCUGGCACUGCUGGUCGUGCUUGUUGCGAUGUUCUUCAUGCUGCCCUUCGUGCUCACCACAUUGAAGUGGGACGGCACUGCUGGAUUUCAUUGGGCCAUUGUCCUGAUCCCCGUGUGGCUGCUUCAGUUGCCCAUCUGUUUCCUUCAACAGUGCGUGGUGCCGGAGCCACCGCAGGGUGACGAGGAGGAGUGGGGCGAGGACGAGCGCACGAAGUUCACGCAGCAGAAGAAGGAGCACCACUGGCUCCGCUUCGAAGGCUUCGUCUUUUCCGGGCUACUCCUCCUGUUCCAGCUCUUGCUGCUGCUACGCUUGGAGGACGACAUCUCGGUUUCUUGGUUUGUAGUGAUGUUACCCUGGAUCCUCCUGGAGGUAUGGUGGGUGGUGCUCAAGGUCAUGGUGGCUCCCGUCCAGUGGACAAGGGCUGAUGCCAAGGCUGCAGCAGAGGCCCUUGUGAACGCUGGCACGGUAUGGAAGUCAUUGAAGUUCUGGUGCUUCCUGCUCAGCUUUGUGCAACUGGGUGCGAUGCGGCUCGUUGCCGUCCUGCUGCUUGCAGAGUGCGCUGAUUCUGGCAACACGUCGUGGUGGAUCGCCCCCGUGCCGCUGUACGUGGCUGCCGCCUUCAGUAUCAUCAAAGCAGCAGUGGACGCUUGCGGCUCCUCGCCACAACCGAACUCAGGUCCUGCAAUGGUAGCCACCAGCCUGAGUGUGGCUGCAUGGUUGACCAUGGUUCUCCUGGCCGUCGGCAAGCUGGAUGGCGGCAGCUAUUCUGCUGGAUUGGUAUUCUCGCCGAUCUUUGCCGUCUUUGGCCUUGUGACGUGCUGCUUCUGCAGUGUCGUUGGAUGGUGCCCGCGUGAUCAGUUGGAAAUCGUAGCCCAACAGGCGGUUCGACUCGUGAUGUGCCUCAUGGAAGCAGCGCAAGCAAAAAUCAGGAACCGACCUUGUUCUUUCAACACCAUGGCCCCAAGCACCAUGAUGUCGGCGGCAGCCCUGGCGGCCUGCGCGGCCCCAGCAAUGGCCUUUGUGCCAGCCGGUCAGGGUCAGAGCCUGAGGGGCGGCUCAGGGUCCCCGGCCCCAGGCAGCGAGCCUGCAAGCCUUCAGGUUCAGGCCAGCUCUCGCUCGAGCUCUGCCUCCACAGGUCUUGCCGCCGCGGCAACUCUGGCUGUGGCCGGUGCCACGGCACUGUCCCGGCCAAUCCAGCGUCGGGUUGAGCGCAAGGUCGUCGGGGUUUGCCUGCCUUUGACAGACAAGUUCGACCCGCUGAACCUUGGCAGCACGGAUGCAAAGUUGGAGCGAUACACAGCCGUCGAGAUUAAGCACGGCAGGGUUGCCAUGAUUGCCGUCGUUGGCUACAUAAUGCCGGAGAUCUUUCGCUUCCCAGGAUGCGAAGACUUCAAGCACGGCUUAGCCGCGCUGGAGAGCAUCCCCGUCGAGGGCUGGGUGCAGCUCUUCGCUCUGGUGGGUGCUCACGAGGUCCUCGUGAAGCCUCGCGAGGGAGGCCUCGGUAGCUUUGACUUUGGCUUGGGCACGGAGCUCUUGGAUGGCAUCGACGAUGAGGAGCUGGAGCGCAAGCAGACCUCCGAGCGCAACAACGGCCGCCUUGCAAUGGUUGCUAUCCUUGGCCUCAUGUGGCAAGAUGGGACUUUCGGCGAGGCUCCGCUGAGCUACAUGAACAAGUACGGCUUCUGGGGUGAGCCGGUGCAGUACAUCGUUUCGCACAUUGCGAAUUGCCAGUCCUACAGCGGCAGCUAUGUGGACAAUGGAGGCCUGUGCGCCCUUCCUCGGGGCCGAACCAGCAUGCAGGCCGUGCAGAAACUCUCCGAGGGUGUCUUCGUUGAGAACGAGACCUACCCGAAGGAAAUGGAGAUGUCUCCUUCUGUGCCCUUCCUCAGGUAUCCGCAGGUGCUCAAAGGUUGGGUUGGGGGAGAGAAAGGUUUCGACCCUCUCGGGGUGACGGAUGCGCUGCCAGUCUACUGGGUGCGAGAGGCCGAGCUCAAGCAUGGGCGUGUCUGUAUGCUCGCCACAGUUGGAUGGAUUGCCACCGACCUCGGCGCAAGAUUCCCCGGCGAGAAGUUCCAGAGUGUUGCCAACAGUGUCGAGGCCCACGACAAGAUGGUGGAGGCUGGCUACAUGCUGCCUUUCCUGGGUGCCGUCGGCAUUUUCGAGCUCUUCUCCCUUUGGCUGUUCUUCCAGUCCUGGCCCAUUGGGGAUGGCAUCAACCGCGAGGCAGGGGACUAUUGGCUCGGCAAGCAGUUCCUGCCCUUCGGAGAUGUUAGUGAUGUCAAGCCAAAGGAGCCCGAAAAGGAAAAGGACAUGCGCCUGAAGGAACUGGAGAACGGACGCCUUGCCAUGUUUGCCUUCAGUGGCAUUGUCACCCAGGCCGUCAUUACCGGCAAGCCUUGGCCUUUCGUGUGA